CAAUAAUAAACCUGAAAUUCAACAUUGAUUUUUUUUAUACCAUCUGCAUAUGACACACCCUCAGAGUUUAAAACGAAGAUGCUACGUUAGUUUCAACACAUUCUACAACCCAUCUUAUUCACGGCAUACUAAAUCAUCCAUCAUAUCCUUACAGACAUGAAGACCAGAUUGAUUGUGGUGGCUGCAUUUAUCUGCACUGUUUGUCAUUUCACUGAAGCCCAGCUGCUACCAGUGAAACCUCUCAAUACCACCAUCACUAACACCACUUGUGGCACCACUAAACUGUGUGUGUCUAGUGUGCCUAAUUGUGAUCCUGCAGGAAACUCCAGCUGUUUUUUCACCUCUGCUCAGUUUAAUAAUGGCACAUUGACUAUUGAAAUGUCCGGCACAACGUCAGGAUACGUGGCACUGGGACUCACACCCACUGCCAGCCCACUGACCCAAAUUGGGAAUGUUGUGUUCGUCUGUGGCAACAAUAAGAGCAAUGCCUUCUUUGAAACAGUUUCUCAAAACGGCUCAACGCUGACACCUGCUGCUGUGCCUGCCAUAAUUAGCCCUAAUGUUCUGGGUUCAACAAAUAACCAGACUCUUACUCAGUGUGCCAUCAGUGUCAACAUCAGCGCCAUCCCCUUUAUCCCUGCAAAUGUUCCGCUGCUUUUCAAUCUCACUAUCCUUAAUGGAACCACAAAUGGAACCGAUCUGGGACCUGCAGCUACAGUGUUUAACUCCAGUGGAACAUUAGACUUGGCAAAUCCCAUGAGCAACAUUCCACAGAACACACUCAACAUCACUCGUAAUGGUUGCGGCAGCACUAAGCUGUGUGUGUCGAGUGAGUCUGGCUGCAAUCUUACAGGAAACUCCAGCUGCUUUUUCAGCUCAAUUCAAGUGAAAAACCAGACGUUCUCCAUUGAACUCAGCGGUACGACGACAGGAUACGUGGCACUGGGACUCGCUAAACAGAAUACUACCUUUGUGUUUAUCUGUGGCAAUAACAACAACAGCUUCUUCUUCCAAACUGCUACUCAAAACAACACAAAUCUGACCACUGCUAAUGUGACAACUGUAUACAAUUCCCAAGGUGUAGUAGCUCAAAACCAGACUCUUAUUCAGUGUAUCUUCAACACCAGCACCAGCUUCAACAUCAGCACCAAAGCUGAUGACACCAUGUACAACGUCACCAUCAUGAAUGGAACCACCAAUGGAACCGAUCUGGGACCUGCAGCUACAGUGUUUAACUCCAGUGGAACAUUAGACUUGGCAAAUCCCAUGAGCAACGUUCCACAGAACACAGUACUGCUCAACAUCACUCGUAAUGGUUGCGGCAGCACUAAGCUGUGUGUGUCGAAUGAGUCUAGCUGCAAUCUUACAGGAAACUCCAGCUGCUUUUUCAGCUCAUUUCAAGUGAAAAACCAGACGUUCUCCAUUGAACUCAGCGGUACGACGACAGGAUACGUGGCACUGGGACUCACUAAACAGAAUACUACCUUUGUGUUUAUCUGUGGCAAUAACAGCAACAGCUUCUUCUUCCAAACUGCUACUCAAAACAACACAAAUCUGACCACUGCUAAUGUGACAACUGUAUACAAUUCCCAAGGUGUAGUAGCUCAAAACCAGACUCUUAUUCAGUGUAUCUUCAACACCAGCACCAGCUUCAACAUCAGCACCAAAGCUGAUGACACCAUGUACAACGUCACCAUCAUGAAUGGAACCACCAAUGGGACUCAACUUGGACCUCUGAGUGUAAGAUUUAACUCUGGGAAGGAAGUUGACCUGUCUGUUACAAGCACCCCAAGUUCAAACAGCAGCAAUGCAAUCACCAACCUCUGCACUAAUGUGUUGGCUGUGCUGCUCAGCGCUCUGAUUCUCUACCUAUAAAAACCUGCCAUGUCAUUUUUGAUAUAAUAGUCAUAGGGCUGGUCUUGUGUGUGUUUAUACAAAUAUGAAGCUACCAUUAGUUAGCUGAACAUCAGAACAUUGUGUGGUGGUGUUUUUUUUAGUUGUUUGUAUUUUUUUUUUUUUACAAUCAAUGAGAGAUGUUAAUUUACACCGCCAUACAUAGUACUUUUAAAUAUAACAAAUAAUCUGAUAUUUUACAUCAUUUUAGUUUAGAUUUUAAUUUUAGAUAAUAUAUAUAUAUAUUAUCUAAAAUAAAAAUCUAAACUAAAAUGAUGUAAAAUAUCAGAUUAUUUGAGUUUUGUAUAUUUGAGAUAUGUAUAUAUAUAUAUCAGCCUUUAUGCUUUCAGGUGAAUGUUUGCUCUGACUGUUGAUUUUUGUCGUGGAUUUCUCUUUUCCUUUCCUUUGACCUCCAAUGUUGUCUAAACAUACUCGGGACAUGGAAUGACUUUUCUGUUAUUACAACAACUACCAAUUUCAACAUUUCUCCUUAUACAUGAUUACAAGCAAGCAUUGAUUGAUAUGGGACUUCACUGAUCUACCUCCAGCUACAUAAUCUCUGAACAUUUUAACUGUUGAGUUUCUAUCAUUAAAGUGAGCUAUUGUUUGAAAGCA